ACUUAACCUAGCGUUUUCUUUCAGCAGAACCAAAACCGUUGGAGUGAAAAACAAAAUGUUUUGUUAUCAGUGGGAACUUUCAUCGUAUGGAAAAUUAUUUGCGGAGUUUUUAAGUUAGAUCUGUAAUGGAAUAACGGUGUCCCUAUCGUGGAUGUCAUGAAAAUCGUUUACAAGUUCGUUGGAGCUGCACUGUUGUAAUUUCCGAGCAAAUGCGCGCCAAUUAUGGCCAUGAUUGAGACAGUCCGUCAGAGACAGAAGAACUCCGUUGAUUUUCCUUCGUGUUACGAUAAUCUGUGUGCUUUGCAGAACUCAUGUCCUCUGGGAUCAAUCACUGCGAAUCUAGAUGAACUCACCAUUGAUUGCAAUGCCGAUCGGAUCCGCCAUUCGGAUUGGAUGCCAAUCUUGAACGCACUAAAGAUCAACAAGACGUUGAAAAGUGUCGCAUUCAGGAGUUACUGGCAGCAAACACUUUAUCCAGAUGGAGGUAUGCAAUAUUGAAAUUGGAGCGACAGUAUACAGAGUUUGACUCUAAUUCAGCUCUUCAGGAGUCUUGAUUAUUCCCUUCAAGUGUACGCGAUCAGAUACUAACGGGUACCAGUCAUCUACCAGGAAUCUGAAACCUGGAGACGCCUGGUUUUCGAAAAUUCCAUCUGGGUUGAAAGUUUCAGGUUCGAGACCCAGUUGGGUCAUUGUGUUGUGUUUUUGGACCACUAGGAGUAGAAAUGGGUUCCAGCAAAUUGUCAGGGUAGACUGAUGAAAUGCUGGGGGGGUAACCUUGCGAUGAACGAGCAUCCCAUCCAGGGGAGAGUAGUACAGGUAAUACUAUACCCCUUGUUAUGCUAUGGAAACUGGGAUAAGAUCCAGGUGGAUGGGCCAAUUGGCUCAAGUACAGACUGCUUUUUUUAUCUUCCUGUUCCCAUGCCACACACCCAGUCUUGUUCUGUCCAGCUGUGCAGAGCUAUUGAAUAAAGGGGUAAGUUUCUAAAGAAACUGUGGUGCUGUGUCAGUGUGAGAGCAUAGCAGGUAAUUUAGUGUUAACAACUGAGUUGAAAGUGUAAAUUAGCUGCUGUAAAGAGUUAAGAGGCUGACAUUUCGAGUGUUAGCCCCUCAUCAGAGCAAUCGCUCCAGCACUUAACUCAGAUGUUAACACUAAAUUAUAUAUAGAGCUAUUGCUGAAUAAUGCAUAUCCAACUUUGUAAGUAUUCAUAAUCAGCUGUAGAAAAGUGCUAUAUUAUCCAACUUUAUCUUUAACUUAGUGGAAAGUCAGUCAUUGCUUUAAUCCUGUUAAACUCUUAUUACAUCAGAAGUAACAGAGCAACGUUUGCAAGCACUGAGGAAGAAAGCACCUCCAAUCCGUAGCAAGGAUGUCACAUACAGGGUUUGCAGGUACAGUAAUUCACUCAAAGCUAACUAGCUAUUCUGUUUCCCCACUUAGAAGUGUGAAAAUUGUUUUCUUUUGAAUACAUUCAUUUGAUAGAACAUUACAGUGAUUAUUUUCCUCCUGAUGUUGUGAGUGUGGUAACCAGAGUCUGAUCUAGGACUUCCAGCAAGGGGGGGGGGGCAAUGUGUCCUAGUCAACAAUUUUCAGAGGGACAUAAUCUACCCCCCCCCCCUCCCAGCAUUUAUUCAAACUUGUGCCCGGGAACCUCAGAAAAUUGAGCCUUUUAUAUUCAUCAUAUUCCCUGGAUUUUGGUUCUUGCUUCACUUUUAAUCUUCUGAAAUUUAAACAAAAUAUUGUUUCAAAAAGAUUUUGUAUGAGAUGAAAUCACUUUUCCUUGUUUCUUUUUCUUUUGAAACACAAUUUGAAGUGCAUGUAAAUGACUCAGAACAGGUAUUUGAAGGGGACAUAUUUGCUCAAACCAUGGCAAUCCUGUAAUGGCACGCUCUAGAUCAGACACUGGGUAACUUGAUCCCUACAAGAGCAUACAAAUUCCAAUUCAUCAUUAACAACUUUAGUUUUUCCUGUACAUCAAGUUAUCAUAGCAACUCCACAGCACUCUGCAAUUUUAAUUAAUUUUAAGGCAAGCUCAGAAAUAAAUUUUAUUGAUCUAUGAACAACCGUCAGAAUGUUUAAACCACCUUUGAUUAAGAAGACUUUGUAAAAUUGUCAAUUUUUGGAACUGAUUAAUUUAUGUCACUGAUUUAUUUUUACAUUCUUAGUUUCAUUAUUGAUAAAUGAUCAACAGUUCAAACAUUCUGACUGUGAAUUUUGCAGAGCCAUCAAAGAGUGUUUAGCUGUUACAGAGAAUUUUACAUCUCUGAUUUUUGAAGGAAUUCCUCUUAGAGAAAGAGACCUGACCUGCCUAGCAAAGGUACAAGAAGUGAUAAGUGAAAAAAUUGUUAACAUCAAUUUUUUACAAGGAGUUCAGCGCAUGCAGACCAAUAGUACUCCUUCUCUCUUGGUAUUACUGUGAGAGGUCUUGCAAGUUGAUAAAAAAUAGAAAAAAAAAGAGUUUGCCUACUAUGGGUGCUGCAUGCUCAGUGUAUGAUAAUAAGGCGAUAAGGCUAUAAAUUGUGGGGAAUUUUGGCUCUAGUUGUGGGAAUUUGGACAUCAGUGUCCUAUUUUGAACAAUAGUACCUGAUUUUCUACACUACUCUCCAAUUUCAUAGGCACUAGUGGUUGAUUUACACUUAUGUGUGAUUUUAGACACAAGUGUCCAGUUUUCGACUCAAGUAUCCAAUGUUAAAUGCUAGUGUCUCAUUUUGGAUGUUAGUGUCUGGUUUUAGGCUCUAGUGUCUGAUUUUAGGCACCAAUGUCUAAUUUUUGAGACUAGUGUGGGGUUUUGGACACUAGUGUACCAUUCUAGACUCUAGUGUCCAAUUUUAGAGACUAGUGUCAAAAUUUAGGCACAUCUGUCCAAUUUUAGAUGUUACUGACUGAUUUUAGUGUAAACCACAUUGUAAUCCAAAUUUCAUUUACCUUAUUGAAACCAAUCAAAAAAAAAUUUUGCACAGUUAUGCCUUCACCUUUCAAUGAGAAUCAGUCAAUAGUAAAAAUAUUUACAUUAGGAGCCUGUUGGUAAGUCUUAAAAUAUGUAAUUAUUUCUCAGAAUGUUUUAUUACCUUUGUUUUUCAAGUUUUUGAUACAAAAACACAAAUUUCUUUUUCCUUCAAGGGUAUAAAAAAGAACAAAACUCUACAGCAUUUGUCCUUGGAGUUCUGCCAAAUCGGUGACAGUGGCGUUGAAAGUGAGUAGUCGUAGAUAUUUUUUCGAUUAUAAUUUUUUCUCUUCAAGUUUGUGGCUGGUAUUUUGAUUUGUCCUUGAAUAUCAUCAGAUACUCUUAGGAAUUUUCAUCAAACUUGUCAAGCAUCAUGCUCAAAUUUCCACCGGCCAUGUUUAAGAUGAUAGUUGUGAACGGGACUUUGAGCUCGAGCAGUCAACGAGUUUGGCCUAAAUUCCAAAUACAUCUGAUGCGCAUAUUGGGUGCGACAUAAUUCCGUGCUAUACCAGGUAGAAACUGAUGUGAAAUAUUUCCAAUGAGAUAAACAUAGAUUUUAUUAAAAUACAAGUCUUCAUUUAUUGUUAAAAGUAUCAAAUUAAACCUCGACUAAGACUUACAUUUCACUUUGCAGUCCUCUGUAACGCGAUAAAAAAUAACACGUCCGUGAUGACUGUGAACUUCUCUGGCUGCAGUCUAACCUGGAGAGGAGCAGAUACUCUUGCUAAAGUGAUAAAGGUGUUGUAAAUUAUUUUUCUUCAGUGAGUCAGAGUUUUGUUAUGAUCUUUCACGGUUCAUAGGGCAUGAUGCACGCUCGAAAUUCGACACGUGCAACACGACACUCGACCCGGACGUCUCGAAACUUGUCUCGAACGUCUCAGAACUCGACUCGAUACUAGACUCGUACGACUCGAUGCUCGACUCGGACGUCUCAAAACUCGACUCGGACGUCUCGAAACUCGACCCGCACGACUCGAUACUCGACUCAGACGUCUCGAAACUCGACUCUCACGACUCAAUGCUCGGCUCGGACAUCUCGAAACUUUUGUUCGUAUGACUUACUACUUGUCUCAAACGUUUCUAAACUCGACUCGAGCGAUUCGAACGUCGCAUAACUCGACUCGAACGUCUCCAUACUUGACUCGAGUCUCGAAUCUCGUCGUCAUGCAGAAUCGUGGAUUGAGUUUCGAAGGACUAUCAACUUACUACUGAGUGUUACUUUAUUCAUACAUAGCACCAAGCAACAAGACGUCAUGGUGUCGCGUGGCAAGACAGCCUGCGGUAUCGUCGUCCAGAUCUCGACAGAAUGCCUGGACUUCGGCGAAUAACAAUUUGUAAAAAUCCAAUGAUUAACGAUCAGGGAGCUCAGUUGAUUGCUGAAGCACUUAAAGAUGACCUCUGGGUUAAAGGUUUGUUUUGAAAAAUUUUUCUCUGAUUGUAAUACGUUUUGUGAACAGUCCCGUUCAUUUGGUGCUAAACUUUACGCGUUUAUUGAUCCUUGGAUUAAAUAUCAGUUCAGAGAACGGAACUUAAGGAAACAAUGGAGAUGUGGGGGACAUUUCAAAUAUCUGUGCACAUUUUAGCAUCUUCAAAUAUAUUGUGCAGUUUGUGAAGUUUUUAUGUUUGAUUCCGUCCUUCAUUAGUUAAGUUCUGAGUUUAUGAGUUUUAUUAUUAGUAUUAUUAUAAUUUUUCAUCGUUGUAAAUUUUCUCCCACAGCUUUGGAUAUGCAACAGUGUGGGAUUUCAACCGAGGGUGCAAUGGCCUUUCAGUCGGUCUUAAAGUUCAACUCCACCAUUUACGUGUUGGACCUCAGACUAAAUCCUUUGAUCGGUAAGUGCAAUUUGUAAGAGUAAAUUCUCAAAUUAGCCCCCUUCCCCCCCCAUGAGAGCCACCCUCCGUCAAUAAACUGCCCCACCCACCCACCCCCCACCCCCAAUCCUCGGCUGCCCCUGUUUGCCGCAAUUUUUUUUUUUUAAUGUUCGCUCGUUUUACUUAUUUAUUCUAUAGAUCGCGAAGUUUUUGGAUCAUUGAUGGAGCAACUGAUGAUUAAUUGUGGAGAAAGCGAGUUAGAAGUAAGUUUGUUUUAUGUUGAUGUUGAUGUAAAGAACGUCGAUGUGGUGUUGCUUUUAUAGCCACUCUUGAAAACUUGGGAAUGGGUUGUAGAUAAGACAGUUGCCACUGGAGAAAGUCUUUAUAUGCACGUUAUCAGGGAAAAAGGAGGAGUGGGGGGUGUUGGUAUCUUCCCACUGCUCUGCGAGCCGUGAUUAAACUCUUCGUCCAUGGAAAAAGAAAAAUACGGAAGCUGCGAGGAAUUUAAUGUGUUCAGCGGCUGUCAACAUCAUUUCGUUAGCCUUUAUGUUGUUUGUUUUUAGUAUCCAUGGUUAGUGAUAAGAGAGCCAAAACCAGGACGAAUACGUCCGCAGAAACGAAAGAGCGUGGCUACACAGCAGGGCAUGCGGGCAGGAAGGUAAGCGUUGAAAGUGAUCUGUUAUCGUUAUUGUUAUUAGAGCUUUGCUGGAAUUCUCCGUGAAAUUCACGUAUGAGGGCCGAACGGAAUGGAGUGGAGGAAUCACGAGAAACGACCUGAAAGGAGAAAGCAAUUAAACAAGGAAUUUAAGAAAAUCACGACGAAACGGCAACGGGAACACCGCUAAACAAAAAGGUUUAAUGAGCAGAACAAUGGCUGUGCACGUGCGUUAGAAAUCUUUGUAAAUUUCUUUUCGUCCUCUGCAAAACAACAACGUGAAAUGAGCAAACUUUGCGUUGUCUAGGUAACAUGAACGACGACGGCUAAUUUAUUUCUAAUUUAACAUUGUGUUCCAUAUUCAAUUUCGAGACAGUUUUGAUAGUGAGAAACAGGCUAUAUGACUUUACAGUAUCGCGAGACUCGUAGGUAAAAUAUGAGUUCAUUUUUUACCGAAGUUGUCCACGGCGUCGCUUUUUAAUCCUUUAAUUCCCACUAGUGACCAAGACAGAAUUUCUCCUUACACUAUCGGUACGUUAUCAAGCAGACAAGUAAUGAGAAUAAAGAAUAUCAAUUAGGGGAUUAUUGGUCGAUUCAAUACCAAAUUUUCCAAAAUAACAUCACAUAAAUUGUAUGGGAGACAGUAAGGAGAAUUACUGAUGAAAUCUUGGGAGUUAAAGGGUUGAACUCCUAAUGAAAGAGCGGCGACGGUCAUGUGCUCAAAUAUAUAUUGAUUUUUGUUCGGGCCGGUUGGGUCAUUACUUACGGACCUAGCGCGGCGAAGAAUCAUUAGUUCAGUUGCAAAGAUUUCCUAAAUGUUUUCACGAGCGAAAGAAUUUGAUUCAUCUCUGUGGCUUUUCAUUUCUCUGCUGUUUAAAAGGACUGGUGUUUCGAGGAGUGCUGUUGUCGUGUCAAAGAAGUCUUCUGGUUUCAUUCCUUGGAGAACAGCAGCUAGAGUAGGAAAGAACAGGUAAUCUAUUGAUGAAAUGAUGUCGCGUGUCUCGUGAUUUAGUUACCUCAAAUAUCCAUAUGUUUGCGCCAUUUCGACUGCGUACCUCAAGACUUCCACAGGCUAGAAAGACGCCUGUUCCCUCGUGACUCUAUGAUGCACUGUGCUGUGGUCUUUACCCUUUUUCUUUUUUUAAGCUGUUAUCCGGCAGUCUGCUGUCACACAAUUCUCCUGUUCAGUUUUUAGGAUCGAUUUCCGUCGCUCUCUACCGUCUGGUCUUCGUUCUUCCGGGGUCGGGGAGAAAGAGCGCGGGUUCAUAUUCCUAAUCAGCGGCUGGUAAUCGAGCCUAUUCAUUUUUUUUUUAUUUUUAUUUUUUAAGUCGGGGACAUCUGUGUUUCUGGAAGCUCGAGUCCACCGUCUCUUUUGACGUUCGUAAGGCGAAUUCUCAUGAAACGUGGGGGCUACGAGCGAGCUCAGUCAUCAGCUUGCCUUUGGGAUUCAGGAUUGUUGGGCUUUUUCCAAGACGGAGAAAUAGCGCUUGCAAACGUUUUUACCAGUAUGUUUUGGUUCCACUUUCUUCCAACAGGCACAAACUUGGACGACAAAAUGCGCAAGACGGCUCGUCAGUUAAGAAAAAGAAGGUAUGUUUAAUGUCAAUGGAGUCUUAGCAAUUGUUGAAAUCACGUAUAUGCGUUGUAAAUGCUUAGUAAAUUGCUGUGGUAUAAUUAAUUAUCGUUAAUUGAAUGUUUCUGGAUUCGUGUCUCGUUUGAUUAUUAAUUCUUGUAAUUUUUCAUAGUUUCUCGACUUUAAGCUUGCUUAUCUUCCUUCCCUGGAUUUUUUUGUUCAGAGUGUGCUCUGUGUGCAUGGUUGGCCCGCACUAAGAACGCAGGAGAAGUGCGCGGGAGUGAAGACGCGCGUGACGUCUCGCUUGUUCGUCCACGCGCGCUCAAAUCGUACGCUUUUUACGCAGCCGGCCUUUAUUUUGCUUCUGUUUUACAUCAGGUGAAGUCUUCUGUAAGCAAACCUCGAGCCACAAGUUCACCUUUGGCGUCUGAAGAAGAUGACCUUCCAUCGCACCGAACGAGUACCACUGGUAAAACUAGACUGUUAUCGUCAAUUAACUCUUAACGGCCACUGACUUUUGUUUAGUUUAGUUUUGUUUGUUUGUUUACGCAAAAAGUUUCUGUUGUGUUUCGAGAGGAGUCUUAAACGAAAUGGUUUCAAACAGGGCUUCAGGUGGUUCCCACUCUUCUCCGUAUUCCACUCUCAUUCAUAUCAGGGACUUACUGGAGCCAUCUUUUCUGGAAACAGAGGGAAUGCAAGGAAUCUGAGAAUUCUGAAAAUUUUUAGAAAUAUUUGCAUGUCUAAAGAACGAUUACAAACCGAGGGAAUGCAAGUAAUCUAACACUUUUGACAAAAUUUUUAGCGCAAAUUUCGUGACCAGAGAGCUAUUCCAGUUAUUAGUUUUAUGUUCCACCUUCCUUCAGUCAUUUCUUUUCUUGUGUAUCUGUGUGCUAUUUUAAAUUACUGCUUAUUAAUUUACAUUUCAGAUUCCUCUGUUGAUAAUCGUGAAAAAUUAAAGGACAUGCAGGUACAUGCUGGUAAUUUUUUUAAAAGCUCCUUCGUUUCAUCUUUCUAACGAGUCUUUUUCCUUCCCUCUUUUUUCAAACACUAGUUUAUUUAUGGCAGCCAGUCAAUAAAUAUAAAAUUUAACUUUACUUUCUCUCAAACAUUGCUUCCAAUCAGUUAGAGAUGGAACUUCUCAAACACCGGCUUGAAGACGAAAGUCGAGCGCGUGCGACAGCCGACUCGAGAAUACUCGAAGUAAGUUACUCGCGUAACGUUAAUAUACAUCUUAAGUUUAGGAGUCAGCUAAUCCGUUGACUCCUAAUAGUGAUUGACAUUUAAUUUCUCCUUACAAUAUCACCCCUGAAUCAAACAUUUACGUCACGAGAAUAAAGGAAAUGAUUACCAACCAAGAAAUCUCUUGAUUGUUAAUCGAAUUCUGCUUGUCAGUUCCGUAGGAAUUGUACAGGGAACAGUGCAUACUGAUGUUAAGGUGUAAAAGGUUUAACACAGGAAGUAAAGGAGUAAUCUUUGACUAAAUUUCCAGUUUUACUUACUAUUCAACUAUAGGUGCCUUCGAUCGUUUUGAUUGAGACUGAAAACGUGCGAUCGCCUUACGCCUCUAUCGAUAUAUCUGUUGGGUGUAUCCACGCAUUCUGCCGUCCUAAACUUUUGCUGUUUCGUUUUAGUUGCAAGUCGAGAACAGAAGACUGCAGCAAGAAAUACGACUUUUGAAGACACAGCAAACAGUGAGUAUAUUGCGCCAACAGCCAGUAAUACUUUGACUUUAAGGAAAUUUAGUCUAACUAACCGUAAUCAAGUUCGUUCCUAGUAGACCCAGCUUUAACUUUGUUGUUGUUGUUUGUCGUUUGUAUACAGUUACCACCAGCUCGUCCUGUGUCUCUGAAUGGCACGUUCUUGAACACGGUUCCUGAGAAACAAAAGAUCGGAGGUGCGUGCAUUUAUUGCUAUGAUAAUGUACACGAAAAACUUACGCGCUUCAGAUUGGCUGAAAACGGGUGCAUUCUCACGUGACACGGGUGCAAAGUUAUAACACGAGCGUACACCCUUUCAAAAUUUCGUCUAUCCUGACUUUGUGAGAUGUUUUUCAUGUACAUAAUUAACAAUUAAGAGCAUUAUUUCUCUUGCAAUUUGGUGUUGUAAGUUCUUGUAAAUUUUUCAAAGACUACAAAUUGCACUUGCCCUACGGGCUCGUGCACUUUAGUUGUCCUUAAAAAAAUUAACUCGUGCUUAUUUGAACCAAAUUGCACGAAAAAAUCGUGUUAUUACCUCUUCUUAUUCUUCUGUAACAGAGCUGUCGAACUUCUGCGCAUGUCAUGGAGUUGCAUUUGUAUCCAAAGCGACGGUGUGAAUGAUUUAUAGUGGCGGAAGUCGUCAAAAAAAAUUUUAAUUUUGUUGAACCGUGUAUAUCCUCUCAAAUGUUAUUCUGCACGCUCAAUCAAAACCUGCACAAAAUGUAUUUUCGCGAUCGAACUGCAAGGUUAAAUCAAGGUUAAAACCGUGACAUUCAAUGGUUAUUUUGUGCGUCUGUUAAAGGUCAGUCUGUCGUUUAAGUGUUAGCUUAACUCUCUACUUAUGUCAUAACCAGGGCAAAGAAAAGGAAAAAAAAUAAAACACCGUCUGCUUGUCGAUUUUUCUAAAAUCCCGCCAUUGCCUUGGUAUGAUUACACUGGCGAGCCCGCGUAAGCUCGUGAAAUGCGCGAAAAAGUUUUUUUUUCCAGCUUUGUCACCCUCUGUCUGUGUGCAAGGUACUCUCUCUAUCUUUAUGUCUUUCUGACUGCCUGUUUGUGUGACUGGCUGACUGUUUGUCCGCCCUGUCUAUCUGAAGGAGCGAAAACCAUUCUUGAAGACGACCGCGUACUGGAGAGUAUCGAAGCGUCUUUCAGACAAUUCCAUGGUUUCUUGGAUCUGCUGAAAGGAUCCAAGUAAGUGUUUUUUUUUUUUCAAUCAUCCUUCUUUAUUUGUCUUGAAGAGAUUUUUGUUCGAAGGUCGGGUGCAACACAGUCCCUUAACUCGAGCUGCUAUGGGAAACGAAACAUAACCCUAGACGUUGAAUUUACUGGAAUCUUUAUAAGGGGAGAUUACUCUAAGUUCGAGUUGAUUGAGGUCGAGUCAGCCAAGCUCUACAAUAAUUGGGUAAUUUAGUAUUAUCAACUGAGUUGAUAACGUAAACAAUAUCGACAACAAUUGUAUGUUUGUAUAUGAUCCCCUUUUUUACUUCCUUUUCCUCCAGGUUCAGUGAUCUGGCGCAUGUUCUUGGAGAGAACAGCAGCUUACCUGAGCCUGACAAUGGCCUUUCACCAAUAACAGAAGAGUCCUCUGGUACUGCAAGAUGA